AUGUAUAUAGUUUUGGAAUUAUUAUGUGGAUGUUUUCCUCUGGAACUUUACCAUUCUGUACUCGUAAAUAUGAUGAAUAUUUGGCACUAGACAUAUAUAAUGGUGCAAGAACUCAAAUAAUUGAUGGAACUCCAUCUUGUUUUAUAAAUCUUAUGCAAAGAUGUUGGAAUAUCGAACCUGAAAAAAGACCAAUUUCUUCUGAAAUUUAUGAUAUAAUUUGUUCAUGGUAUUAUCUAAACAAUUAUAAGGAAUUUAAAGCCGCAGAUGACAUCUUAUUAUCAAAAUAUGUGCAAGAUAUUGAAUUUCCAGUUAUACAAAAUGCCACUAACUCCUUACAUUUAAAUGAUCAAAACAACUCAUAUCAUAGCUGUAGAAUUGAUUUAAAGUUAAUAUCGACUACUAGUCUAUUUCAAG